AGGCACCAACUGAGCUUAUCCCAGAAAUAAAGGCUAUUCUUAAUUUCAUAGCUUUAGCUUUUAGAAGUUUGAGUUUCAUUUCUCCUGGUGAGAUUUACCUGCUAGAGCUUUUCAAUAAACGCACUCUAGAAAGAAAAAUAUCCUGCAUCGUGAGCGAGAAAAAGAGCUUUGCCAUAUUUUCAACACACAACAAAAAUCAAUUCAUCAAUCAAAAACCACUUUAGUUUUUUUGCUGGGGAGGUACGCGGCUCUUCACAGGGCGCGCGUGUAGCAAUUUUGCCUGUGGGGGGAAUAAAUUCCAGGCAAAUCUAAGGACAAAGUCGUAUAAGGUUCUGCCACGAAAAGCGCCGCAGCGGUGCGCGUGUCUUCUUGUCCUUGCAGAAACAAGGAUAACGGAGAGCAGCAGCGUUUGAAAGCGACACGGAAAGUAUCCAAGUAUAAAAAACCAAAAAAAUCUUUUUGAACUUUUUGUGAAAAAAAACUCUAACCACCACCAUGUCGGCUCGUGUGCAAUGGAUGUCGGCGAACGCCGCGAUGGUGUUCGACCCGGCGGGCGACAAGGGCAUCCAGAACGAGGUGGACCAGUGUUUGCGCGACAACACCAAGAUGGUGGACUCCUUUCUGUCCGGCGCGGCGAAAAAGUCCCACUUGUUCGUGUACUACCAGAAGCCCGACGUCGUCCUCGAGACGGGCGAGUACGUGGACGGUCCCGGACGGGCGAAGGUCAUCCUUACGUACGGCGACAAGGAGCGACUGAAGGGCCGCGCGGCCUACUUUGUCCGCACCUGCGCCGAGGACAAGGCCAUCAAGGACGACGUGGCCACCGACCCGGAUCUGCUCUACGGUGAGAUCUCCGGCGCGCCGCUCGCGUCGUUGAACGCCGGGUUGACGAACUACUUCGUCCCCUUGAUCAACAAGACCACCGGCACCUCCUUCGGCCAGUGCCCCACCGAGCAGAAGACCGAGUUCGUCAAGAUGCUCGGCAAGUUCAACGAGGAGUUGGGCGACGCGGUCCGGUCCAUGGCCGGCGGCAUCGAGCUGAAGCCGCUGGACCCGGAGAAGGACGUGUCCGCCAAGCGCGUGGACUACACGCAGCUGGCGACCAACCAGCCGGACUUGGUGCAGUACUACGAGGAACUGCUCGGCGAGUGGUGCGAGCAGGUGGAGUCCUUCCUCGAGGGCAACCAGGCCAACGAGGAAAACGAGACCCCGGGGCCGCGCACGGAGCUGGAGAUCUGGCGCGCGCGCAUGCAGCGGAUUACCAGCAUCACGGAGCGGCUGAAGGGAAAGGACUUCAAAACGGUCUUCGCCGUGCUGCACGCUGCGUCCCGUGUCCCGAACGAGUCCGCGCAACGCGCGAACGUCGUCGCGGUCUUGCGAAGGUAUAAUUCUGCUUGCGAUUAUUCUCAUUUCAUUCCCGACCACAAUAACUGUAAAACAGUUGUUGUGGCUUUUUCUACGCAUAUGCUCCGUCAUUUUUUUGUUGUUUUUCGCAGUCUCACAUCCCAGUUUGUUAUUUUUUCAUGCAACCGUUUCCCAGGUGGAAGCGCAUUGACGUGUCGAUCACGGAGUCCUUCAACGAAGCCAAGGACAACGUGAAGUACCUCGGUUCUUUGGACAAAUUCCUCGAGCCUCUGUACACCGGCACGCCGCAGUCCAUCGUGGAUAACAUCCCGGCGCUUUUGAACGGCGUGAAGAUGAUUCACACCAUCGCUCGGUACUACAACACGACGGAGCGCAUGACGAACUUGCUGACGAAGGUGACCAACCAGAUGAUCCUGAACUGCAAGAUGUGCAUCCUCGGCGACGAUGAGGAUGCGUCGUCCGACCAGCUGUGGGAGCGCAACCCGACGGAACUGAUCCGGAAUCUGGAGCUCUGCCUGAAAAUGAACGAGUGCUACCAGGAGGAGUACCGCAAGACCAAGGAGAAGCUGAUGGCGCUGCCCAAGGGCAAGCAGUUCGACUUCUCGGAAACCUUGAUCUUCGGUCGCUUCGACCUGUUCUGCCGCCGCGUCGUGAAGCUGAUCGAUAUGUUCUCCACGAUCUACCAGUUCCAGUCGCUGUCGCAGCACCGUUUCGACGGCAUGGAGGUCUUGGUCGACAACUUCAAGUACAUCAUGGACGACUUCCGCAACAAGCGCCACGAUCUGCUGGACUUCCACCACAACCGGUUCGACCGGGAUUACGUGGAUUUCAACGUCCGCAUCAGCGACCUGGAAGCCGCCUUGCAGCAGUUCAUCAACCAGUCGUUUGAGUCUAUCACCAGCAUCACCAGCAGUUUGAACUUGUUGAAAAAGUUUCAGUCCAUUCUGCAGCGCGAGACGCUGCGGUCGGAUUUGGAAUCCAAGUUCACCGUGAUCUUCCACAACUACGGGCUCGAGCUCACCACGGUGCAGGACCAGUACGAGAAGCACAAAGCGGCGCCGCCGCUCGUGCGCAACCUGCCCCCGGUGGCGGGGAACAUCACGUGGGCGCGGCACCUGCUGAAGCGCAUCGAGGGCCCGAUGCAGAAGUUCCAGCGCUCCCCGUCGGUGCUCGCCGGGAAAGACGCGAAGAAGAUCAUCCGCAUGUACAACAAGAUGGCGAAGACUUUGGUGGAGUUUGAAACGCUCUGGUACCAGGCCUGGGUGCACAGCAUCGAGCAGGCGAAGUCCGGUUUGCAGUCGACGCUGAUCGUCCGGCACCCGGACGACGGAAAGUUGCACGUCAACUUCGACUGGGAGAUUCUGCAGCUGAUUCGCGAGACGAAGUGCCUGGACCGCAUGGGCAUCGAGAUUCCGGAAUCCGCCAAGAUGGUGUUGCUGCAAGAAGCGAAGUUCAAGGGCUACUACAACGAGCUCUCCUUCGUCCUCCGCGAGUACCGCCGGGUCGUGCAGACCGUGAAGCCGAUCGCGUCCAACUUGCUCAAGCCGCACUUGGACAACCUGGAGUUCCAGUUGCGCCCCGGGCGGGUGACGCUGACCUGGACGUCCAUGAACAUCACCAACUACAUCGACACGGUGUGGCGGGAGUUGCGGAAACUGGAACAGUUGGUCCUCACGGUCAACGACAUCAUGGAGAACCGCGUCGACGCGAGCCUGAAGGCCGUUGCGCGGUUGCUGCUCGUCUCGCUGCCCGAGGAGUCCGAAACCGUGUCCCUGGACGACUUCAUCGACAUCCAGGAGAAGCACGUGCGCGAGAUCACCACUUUCUUGCACGCCAAGUCGCUGGAGAUCGAGGACAGCGUGGACGACCUGCUGGUGCAGAUCGUUGGAUUCCCGAUCGACAGCCACGUGCGCGGGGUGUCGGAGUCCGAGAUCAUCAAGGUGAAGGCCCACUACAACUGGUCCAUGUACCAGGCGCUGCUGAACGCCACGCGCCGGUCGUUGAACGCGAUCAAGACCCGGUUAACCGCGAAGCGCGACUCCGGAAAGAUCUCCAUCGCCGCGUCCGUCGAGGACAAGGAGGGCAAGGAGGACGAGGAGGGCGGCGCGUCCGCGACGCCGAUGUCCCCGCCGUUCUUCGACGUGGAUCUGGAGUUGGACGGUGUGGGCGUGCGGCUGAAGCCGACGAUCGAAGACAUCCAGUCCGCGGUGAACGGCGGCGCCGUCGCGGUGUUGAAGUGCAGCAAGAUGAUCGACGCGUGGGACACGGUCACGAUCCCGGAGGCGGUGCAGCUGAUCAUCAACCCUAAUUUACCCCCGAUCAAGGGGUCGGCCGCCCAGGGAACCUUCUACGACCGCAUUUCCCAGGACAAGGAAAUCCUCAAGGUGGUGCUCCUGCUCUCGGGUUCCAUCCAGUCCGCGCGCCGCGAGUGCGACAACUACGUGCAGACCUUCGACAAGUUCAACAUGCUGUGGAUGAAGAACGUGGAGGACGAGUACAAGGAAUUUCAGGACUCGAUCCCGACCCUGUCCGACUUCGAGUCGAAAGUGAAGUCCUUCAUUCGCAUGGCCGAGGACGCCGCGCGGUACAGCGGCAAGGCGCAGAUCUCCGCGCUGGUGCUGAAGUCCGACGGCCUGUCCAAGUCUCUGGUCGAGCUGGCGCAGAUGUGGAAGAUGGCCUUUGCCAAGAAGUUGCACAUCGAGGCCCGCGGCAAGCUGGACUCCGUGUCCGAAAUGGUGAAGCAGACGUCGAAAAAACUGAACCGCGAGGUCGGCGAUGGCGACAUCGACGCGCUCGGGUUUGUGAUGCAGACCCUGCAGGAGGUGCGGGCGAAGCAGUCCGAGAUCGAGCUGGAGUUCGGGCCCAUCACCCACAUGUACCAGAUCCUCGACGCGUACACGCCGCAGCUGAUCGACAAGGACGAACAGGACAUGCGGUCCAUGUUGCGCACCUCCUGGGACAAGCUGCUGCAGGACAGCGAGGCCCGCCAGGACGUGCUCUCCGCGCAGCAGGCGCAGCACAAGAAGACCUUGAUCACCACGGUGAACAACUUCAAGAAGGACGUGCAGGACUUCCGCAAGAACUACGAGGCCAACGGUCCCAUGGUGGAUGGCAUCCCGCCGAAGCAGGCGGUCGAGCGCCUGAAACGGUUCCGCGAGGAGUACCAGAUCCGCGAGCGCAAACAGCAAAUCUACUUCCUCGGCGAGGACUUGUUCGGGUUGCCGCACCAGCAGUACCCGAAGCUGGACAAGACCAAGGGCGAGUUGGAGUACUUGGGCCAGCUGUACGACUUGUACGUGGUGGUCUUGGACACCAUCAAGGAGUGGAAGGACUACUUGUGGGCCGAAACCCCGGACCACGUGGAAGUCAUGCAGUCGGAAACCGAAAAGUUCGCCGGUCGGUGUAAGCGCAUGCCGAAGGUGCUGCGUGAGUGGCCCGCGUACUUGGAGUUGAAGAAGGAGAUCGACGACUUCAGCGAAGUGCUCCCCCUGCUGACGGAGCUCGCCAAGCCGUCCAUCAUGCCCCGGCACUGGAAGCAGGUGAUGGACCUGACCGGCAAGGAGCUCCCGAUCGAGUCCGACACCUUCAAGCUGCAGAACCUGAUCGACGCCAAGCUGAACGAGUUCACGGACGAGGUGUCUGACAUCUGCGAGUCCGCGGACAAACAGCUGAUCAUCGAGAAGAAGCUGGCCGAAAUCAGCGAGCAGUGGUCGGGCAUGAACUUCGACUUCACCACGUGGAAGUCCCGCGACUACCCCUGCUGCAUGGCGCCCGGUCGCGUGGGUGAGGUGCAGGAGAUUUUAGAGGAAACCGUGAUGGCGCUGAACACCAUGAACGCGCAGCGUCACUCCAUCCCCUUCAAGGAGGAGCUGGGCACGAUGAUCAUGACCCUGUCCGACACGGCCGACACCAUCGAGCGCUGGUUCAAGGUGCAGCAGAUGUGGACGUCCCUGGAGUCCGUGUUCACGGGCGGUGAUAUCGCCAAGCAGAUGCCGAUGGAGGCCAAGAAGUUCCAACAGAUCGACAAGGACUGGAUCCGGAUCAUGGGCAAGUCCGCGGAGAUGCGCAACGUCGUGAACUGCUGUCAGAACGACAUGCUGAAGCAGCUGCUGCCCGUCCUGCAGGUCGGGCUGGAGCAGUGCCAGAAGUCGCUGGAGUCGUACCUGGAGGGCAAGCGGAACAAGUUCCCCCGUUUCUACUUCACGUCCGAUCCCGCGCUGCUGAAGAUUUUGUCCCAGGGUUCCGACCCCGAGGCCAUCCAGGAGGACUUCGAGAAGUUGUUCGAUUCCAUUUCGCGCGUGACCUUCGACGCCAAGGACCGGCGGAAGAUGACGCAGUGCCUGUCGCUGGUCGGUACCGGUGCGGAGUACGUGAACUUCGUGACCCCGCAGCAGGCGGUGGGCAACAUCGAGGACUGGCUGAACGUGCUCGAGGCGGAGGUGGCGCGGUCCGUGCGGCGCGAGUGCAAGAUCGCGUGCGGCGAGACCGGGAACAUUCUGAACGGCGUGUCGGUGAAGGACUUCGCGGAGAAGUACAUCGCCCAGGUCGCGCUGCUCGGAAUCCAGGUGGUGUGGACCGUGGACUUUGAGGACGCGCUGAUCAAGAUGAGCAAGGAAAAGGACAAGACCAUCAUGGCGUUGACCAACAAGAAGUUCGUCCAGAUCAUGCAGGACCUGGUCGGGGCGUGUCUGAUGGACCUGGGGAGCAAGAUGAACCGAACCAAGUUCGAGACGCUCGUGACGGUGCACGUGCAUCAGAAGGAUUUGUUCCAGGAGGUGUGGCAGAAGGUGAAGGCGCACAAGGUGAAGGACGAGAACGACUUCGAGUGGCUGCGUCAGACGCGUCUGUACUGGAAAUCCGACAUCGAGCACUGCAUCAUCUCGAUCGCCGACGUGGAUUUCACCUACAGCUACGAGUACCUCGGUUGCAAGGAGCGACUGUGUAUCACCGCGCUGACCGACAGGUGCUACGUGACGCUGUCGCAAGCGCUCGGUAUGUUCCUGGGUGGGGCGCCGGCCGGUCCCGCCGGGACGGGCAAGACGGAGACGACCAAGGAUAUGGGGCGUACGCUCGGUAUCUUCGUGAUGGUCACCAACUGCUCCGAUCAGCUGCGGUUCCGCGAUUGCGGUAAGAUCUUCAAGGGUCUGUGCAUGAGCGGUAUCUGGGGCUGCUUCGACGAGUUCAACCGGAUUGAGGUGGAGGUGCUCUCCGUGGUCGCGAUGCAGGUGGAGGCGAUCACGCAGGGGAAGCGUCAGAACGCCAAGAUGAUGCCCUUCCCGGGUGAGGUCGCGCCGAUCCGGCUGAUCCCCUCGGUCGGGUACUUCAUCACCAUGAACCCGGGUUACGCCGGGCGCCAGGAGCUGCCGGAGAACCUGAAGGUCCAGUUCCGCGGCGUGUGCAUGAUGGUGCCAAACCGUGAGACGAUCAUGAAGGUGAAGCUCGCCUCCGUCGGUUACAGCAUGAUGGACGUCUUGGGAAAGAAGUUCUUCGUUUUGUACGGUCUGUGCGAACAGCAGUUGUCCAAGCAGCGUCACUACGACUUCGGUCUGCGGAACAUUCUGUCCGUGCUGCGUACCUCCGGUAUCGUGAAGCGUGCGGAGCCCCCAGACAUGGACGAAGAGAUGCUGUUUAUGCGCACCGCCCGCGAUAUGAACUUGUCCAAAUUCGUCGCCGAUGACGUGCCGCUGUUCCUCGCCUUGCUGAAGGAUUUGUUCCCGAAGACGGCGGAUCCGCCGAAGAAGACUUACCCGGAGAUCGACGGCGGCGCGCGCAAGAUCGCGAAAGCCAAGAAGCUGACCGAGUGGGACACUUGGAUGCUGAAGAUCAUUCAGUUGUACGAGACCUCCCUCGUGCGCCACGGCUUUAUGUUGGUCGGCCCGACCGCGUGCGGGAAGACCGAAAUCAUGAUGACCUUGGUCGGAACCUUGAACGACAAUGGGCUUCCCCACCGCACCGCGAUUAUGAACCCGAAGGCGAUCACCGACUCCCAGAUGUACGGGGUCAAGGAUCCGGUCUCCGAGGAGUGGACCCCGGGUGUGUUCGCGUCCAUUUGGGCCCGCUACAACAACCGUAAUCUGAAGUACACCACGUGGAUCGUGUGCGACGGUCCGGUCGACGCGAUCUGGAUCGAGAACCUGAACACGGUGUUGGACGACAACAAGAUUCUGACCCUGGCGAACAACGAUCGGUUCCCGAUGACGGAUAACUGCAAGAUCGUGUUCGAGGUCGAGAACUUGCGGAACGCGUCUCCGGCCACGGUGUCCCGGGCGGGGAUCAUCUUCAUCUCUCCCUCCGACUUGGGGUGGAAGCCGGUGCUGACCUCCUGGUUGGCAAAGCGGACCGAGAUCAACGCGAACCGGUUCGACGAGGCGGAGCACAUCCGCGACAUCUUCAACAAGCUCGUGUACACGCCGCCCCCGGGGACGGGUAUCUGCGAGGACCUGUUCGACUACUUCAACCGCAACAUCGAAACCGUGAUGCCGUUGAACGACUCGCUGGUGAUUUUGAACACGCUGAACAUGCUUUCCGCUCUUCUCCACACCGCCGUGCAGGCGAACGAGGUCCUGCCCAAGGAGGCCUACAUGCGACUGUGCUUCUUCUGCAUUGUGUGGGGUUUCACCGGCCUGUGCGAACCGGAGGAACGCGUGAAGUUCUACGAGAAGUUCUGCGAGAGCGUGAACGUGGCAAAGCUGAAGGACUGCAUCCCCCCGUGCAAGGAGGGCCAGACCCUGUUCGACUACGUUCCCGAUAUGGAACAGAAGCACCGCCCGUACAUCGAGUGGAAGCCGGAAGAGUGGAAGCCGCCGAAAAAGCUGAUCUUCUCGUCGCUGCUGAUCCCCACACUGGACAGUACCCGUGCCGAGUACCUGAUGGGUGUGAUCCAGAAUUACCAGCGCGUGCGCUUGCCGGCGGUCUACCGAUCCUCGCUGCUGUGCGGUGGCGCAGGGACCGCGAAGACCUCGACGUGCCUCAUGUACAUGGCCCGCUUCAACGUCGAGACCAUGUUGGCCAAGCGCAUCAACUUUUCGUCCGCGACCACACCGCUCGGGUUCCAGAAGACCGUCGAGGCGGAGGUCGAGCGUAAGACCGGUAAGACCUUCUGCCCGCCGGGCGGCAAGGAGAUGACCUUGUUCCUCGAUGAUAUCAGCAUGCCCGUCGUGAACAAGUGGGGCGAUCAGGUCACGAACGAGCUGACGCGCCAGCUGAUCGAGAUGGAGGGUUUCUACUUCCUCGACAAGGAUAAGCGCGGGGACUUCAAGACCAUCGAGGCGCUUUCCUUCCUCGGCGCUAUGGGCCACCCGGGUGGCGGUCGGAACGAUGUGCCGAGUCGCUUGAAGUCCAAGUUCUACUGCUUCAACAUGGUCGCGCCCGCGACGGUGUCCGUCGACAACAUCUAUGGUUCCAUCCUGCGUGCGCGCUUCACGAACAAGAACGGGUUCAAGGACGAGCCGAUCGGCCAGUCCAAGAAGUUGACCUCGGUAACGAUCGAUGUGUGGAACAAGAUCAAGAACUCCCUGCUGCCGACCCCGGCCAGGUUCCACUACAUCUUCAACAUGCGUGAGUUGUCGCGUGUCUUCCAGGGUAUCCUGGAAGCGCCGUCGGAGUCCCUGAAGACCGCGGACCUGGUUUCUUCCCUGUGGAAGCACGAGACCACCCGCGUCUUCGCGGACAAGUUGUCCCGUCAGGUGGACAAGGAGUUCGUGUCCCGGACCGUGACCGAUUACAUGAACCAGCACUUCGGCGAAGAUGCGACGGAGCGCGUCGCGGAGAUGCAGGACUGGUGGUGCGACUUCCAGCGAGAGGGCGGUGAGGACCCGGAGACGGGAGAGGAAGUCCCGGCGCCGAAGGUGUACGAGCCGAUGCAGAGCAUGGAGUUCGUCCGCAUGAAGGCCUACGAGUACCUGAAGCGGUUCAACGAAACGUUCCCCGCGGCGGCCAUGAACCUGGUGCUGUUCGACGACGCCAUGCGGUACAUGAUGCGCAUCAACCGCACGAUCCAGUUCCCGCGCGGGUCCGCGAUGCUGGUCGGUGUCGGUGGUUCCGGGAAACAGUCCCUGACCCGGCUGUCCGCGAGCACGUCCCGCCAGAAGUGCUUUCAGAUCACUAUCACGAAGACCUACAACGACAACGCUCUGUUCGAGGACCUCCGCGGACUGUACGUCGCCGCGGGUGCGAAGGGCGAAAAGGUGACCUUCGUCUUCACCGACGCGGAGGUGAAGAACGAGGGCUUUCUGGAGUACUUGAACAGCAUCCUCGCAACGGGUGAGGUCGUCGGCCUGUUCCAGAAGGACGAGCGUGACGGCAUGGCCGCGGAGUGCCGCAACGACUUCGUGCGCGAUUACCCGGGCGCCGAGGAGACCAUGGCCAACUUCUACCGCUAUUUUAUGGACCGCCUGCGCGACAACCUGCACUUGGUCCUGUGCUUCUCGCCGAUGAACGAGAAGUUCCCGGUGCGCGCGCAGAAGUUCCCGGCCCUGUUCUCCGCCGUGGCCAUCACGUGGUUCCUGCCCUGGCCGGCAGAGGCGCUGGUCGCUGUGGCCUCCGCCUUCCUCGGGCCGUACGAGAUCGAUACCCCGAAGGACAAGAAGCAGCUCUUGUACGAGUUGCUGGGUUCCAUGCAGGCAAUGGUGGGCGAGGUGUGCGGGGAGUACUUCACGCGCAUGCGAAAGCACGUGUACGUGACCCCGAAGACGUUCUUGUGCCUCAUCGACUUCUACAAGGGUCUGUACCGCGUCAAGUACGACAAUGUGAACGAGCAGGAGAAGGCCGUGAACACGGGGCUGGAAAAGCUGGCCGAGGCCUCCGCCCAGGUCGAGGAGAUGAAGAUCGAGCUCCGCGAACAGGAGAAGGUGCUGAAGAUCGAGGAGGAAAAGACCAACAAGCUGUUGACCAAAGUGCAGUACGAAAAGGGUAAGGCUGAGAAGAAGGCCGAGGAGGUCGGUGUGCAGAAGGCGGGCUGCCUGGAGACCGCGGCCACCAUUCAGAAGGACAAGGAGGAGGCCAACAUCGAGCUCCAGAAGGCGAUGCCCUUCCUGCACGAGGCCGAGGCAGCGUGCAAGUCCAUCACGCCCAAGGAUAUCACGGAGUUGAAGACCAACAAGAACCCAACGGACGUGAUUAAGCUGACCUUCGAUGGGCUCGCGAUUCUGAUGAUUCAAGCCGUGAUCCCGCCGGCCAAGAAGACCUUCAACAUUUCGAAGGUGGACGCCGAUUUCAUCGCGGAUUCCUUCCAAGAGUACACGAAGUUCACGCUGUCCGAUAUGCGUUUCCUGCCCUCGCUGCUCGACUUCGCGGCGAACGAGAAGGAUAACAUGAACGACGAGACGUGCGAACUGUUGGAGCCCUACCUGCGAUACAACGCGGACCCGGCGAAGAACUGGUCACCGUGGGCGCAGUUCCCGGUUCUGGACCCGGCCAUCGCCAAGAAGGCCUCCGGUGCCGCGGAGGGUCUGUGUAAGUUCGUCGGUGCGAUGGUGCAGUACCACGGAGCGGCCAAGAUCGUGAAGCCCAAGAUGGACUUUCUGAAGGUCCAGGAGGCGAAACUGGACAAGGCCAUGAAGGAACUGGGCGCCGCGGAGGCGGAGCUGGCCCGGGUGAUGUCGGAGGUCGCCGAGUUGGACAAGGCUCUGAAUGAAGCGCUCGAGAAGAAGGCGGCCCUGGAGGCCAACGCCAACGCGAUGAAGCGUAAGAUGAACGCCGCGAACGCGCUGUUGUCUGGUCUGGCCGGCGAGAACGCCCGUUGGACGGAGGACAGUAAGAACUUCGCGCUGCGCCGCAAAGCCCUAGUCGGCGAUAUCGCGCUGUGCUGCGCGUUCGUCACGUACUGCGGUCCCUUCAACAGCGAGUUCCGCGAGAAGCUCAACAUCGACUACUUCCUCGCGGACACGCACCGGCGCGGCGUGCCGGCCAGCCAGAAGGUCAACCUCGUCGAGUCUCUGGUCGAGGGCGCCGUCGUCGCCGAGUGGGCGCUCGAGGGCUUGCCGUCUGAUGACCUGUCCGUGCAGAACGGUAUCAUGGUGACCCGAUCCUCCCGCUACCCACUGAUGGUCGACCCGCAGGGCCAGGCCAACCGCUGGAUCAAGAGUCGCGAGGCGGAACGCAUUGCCGCGUCCAACGGCAUGGCGAUCACCACGCUGAACAAUUCGCGUCUGAAAGAUUUCAUCGAGUUCACUAUGGGCGAGGGCUUGGUCAUGCUGAUCGAGAACGUGGAGAACGAGCUGGACCCGAUGUUGGAUCCGCUGCUUGAUAAGGCGAUCAUCAAGAAGGGUAAGAACCUGUACAUCAACAUCUCCGAUCAGAACAUGGACUACAACCCGAAGUUCUACCUGUUCAUGACCUCCCGUCUGCCCAACCCCCACUUCUCGCCCGAGUUGUCCGCGAAGUGCACGGUGAUCGACUUCACGGUCACCUUGAAGGGUCUGGAACAACAGCUGCUCGGUCGUGUGUUGGGCAUGGAACAGAAAUCGCUGGAGGAGUCGCUCGCGCAGCUGAAGGAGGAGGUGACAAACAACUUGAAGGCGCUGGCUCUGUUGAACGACCAGCUGCUGUUCAAGUUGUCGAAUUCCACGGGUUCUUUACUCGACGACACCGAGCUGAUUGAGGUGCUGGCGAACACCAAGGCGAAGGCCACCGAGGUGUCCGAGAAGCUGGCCACCGCGGCGGAGAAGGAGAUCGAUAUCAACGAGAAGCGCGAACAGUUCCGUUCGGUCGCGACCCGCGGGUCCCUGAUGUACUUCAAUAUGACGGACAUGACCCUGGUGAUGAACCCCAUCACGCUGCAGCCCACCGGUUGGAUGUACAAUUGUUCGCUGAUCCAGUUCCUGGAACAGUUCGACAAGUCCAUCACCAACUCCGAGAAGGUGCAGCCCACGUCCAAGCGUGUCGACAAGAUCAUUGACUACCUGACCUACCAGGUGUACCGGUACAUGAACCGCGGCCUGUUCGAGCGCGAUAAAAUGACCUUCAAGUUGAUGGUCACGCUGAAGGUCUUGACGGUGGCCGGCGACAUCACCGGAGCGGACGUGUCCUGCUUCUUGAAGGCGGGUUCCGCGCUAGACGUGAAAUCCGAGCGCCCCUGCCCCUUCCGGUGGUUGAGUGACAAGAUCUGGCUCAAUCUGCUCAACUUGUCUCGCCACCCCUUCGGAUCGGGAGUGAUCUUCUACCGGGAAAUCGUGGACAAUAUUUCGAAAAAUGAAGCUGCCUGGAAGCGGUGGUUCGACGAGAACGAACCGGAAGGCUGCCCGGUGCCAGACUACGAGGAACGGUUGACCAUGGAGCGCGCCCUCGGUAUUUUAGACAGUUUUUUUUUCUGAAUGAGCCUCGUAUUUUUUGUCCGAAAGUUAGUAGAGAAAGGGUAUAUAAUAAAACUAAAACAUAGUAGGAUACUGAUCGAAAACUUAACGGGCAUGUUGCUGCAGCGCUGCAGUAAGUACUUAAAACGAAAAUAAAGACCUGCUCAUAUUCACUAUCACAGGGCCCAUCAUGCGCAUGGUUCUGGUGCGCUCGAUGCGUGAGGAUCGUACCACGGUUGCGUGCGCGCAGUUCGUGAAUGCACACCUGGGUGCCCGGUUCACCGCUCCGGUGACCGACCCGGUGAGCGACAUCUUCGAUGAGUCCGCGUGCCGAAAGCCGGUGUUGUACUUGCUGACCACGGGUUCCGAUCCGUCCGCAUCGAUCGAUGAGCUGGCCAAGAAAAAGAAGAAGUUCCCGACCGACAAGGUGUCCAUGGGCGAAGGUCAGGAGGUCGUCGCCUGGGAAAAGAUGAAAAACGGGUAUAGUCUUUUUGUGAAUGGUUAAGAAAGCAGCACUGCUGCUUUGACUUUGAGUGCAGUGAAAUAAGUACUUGAAAAUGCUGAGCCACUUACAACAUCAUACUUACAUCGAUUAUUUCACUUUCGUUCAAACAGGUUUCUGAUCGGUUCGUGGGUGAUCCUCCAAAACUGCCACUUGGGUAUCGGUUUCAUGAACCAGCAGGAGGAUAUUUUGACGAAGACGCCGGAAAUCCACGAGGACUUCCGUCUGUGGCUGACCGUCGAGAUCACCCGCGCGUUCCCGAUCGGGCUGCUGCAGAUGUAUUACAAUGAAAAAUGCCCCCUCCCCAUAUCAAAACGGAAAUCUGUGAUGCAGAUUUGUGGUCACAAAUCAGCUUUGUGAUGCUAGAAGACAAAAGAUGCGGACUGUAGUGCUGCUGCCUAGCGUGGGAAAGCCUUGCAGCUCCAAGAUGACAGGAGGCAACUGGAAGUGGGAAACAGCAUGACAGAUUACCUGCAAUUUAGGCCGCAGCUUCGUCUCUUGGCCUUCUAGCAAUACAAGUCGAUUUGUGUACUCAAAUACAGCAUCACAAAUUCGCGCAUCUUCCGUUUCCGAUGUGGGGUGGGAGCUUUUUUCACUUUGAUAAGAUGUCCAUCAAGGUCACUGCCGAGCCGCCGGCGGGUCUGAAGGCCGGUUUGUUCCGUACCUACACGACCAUCAUGUCGCAGGAGGCGCUCGAAAAGAUCGACCACGAGAAGUGGCGGCAGAUCACCUUCGUGCAGUCCUUCCUGCACUCCGUGGUGCAGGAGCGCCGCAAGUUCGGACCGAUCGGCUGGUGCGUCCCGUACGAGUACAACAACAGUGACCUGGAGGCCUGCCUGAUGUUCCUCGAAAAGCACUUGUCGACCACGAUCACAGUCGGACAGCCACUGUCCUGGGUUACCAUCCAGUACAUGGUCGCCGAGGUGCAGUACGGUGGCAGGAUCACGGACGACUUGGAUCGCGAGCUGUUCAGUAAUGAAUCUUUUUUUAUGAUCUUCUUGACUAUGUGUUGUGCCGCUUUUCUGCUCUUUAUUCAGCCUAAUUUUCAGAAGUGGAACUACUAGAAUGAUGUGAACGAGUUCGACACAUGAAAAUGCAAAAAUCUGGUAGAAGUGAGCAAAUCCUUCCCGCGACACCAAAACACAGUUACCUACACGGAGAAGUGGAUGAACGAGGACAUGUUCAAGCCGGGCUUUUUGUUUAACAACUACGCCUCGGAGUUCAACUACAAGCUGCCGUCCGGACUGGAAAUCCAGGACUACCGCGACUACAUCGACACCAUGCCGCCGGUGGACUCCCCGAUGAUCUUCGGGCUGCACACCAACGCCGAUUUGACCUACCGGCUGAAGGAGGCCGCGGAGAUGCUGCAGUCGAUCAUGGAGACGCAGCCGAAGGACAGCGGCGGUGGCGCCGGCAAGUCCAUGGAUGAGAUCGUGAAGGACAUCGCCAACGACUACAAGGCCAAGUGCCCGCCGGACUUCGUCGAGGAGGUGUUCCGUGCGCAGAUCGCGAAGCUGAAGGGACCGCCGAACACGCCCGAUAAGGGAUUUGGGGCCCCGCUGAACAUCUUCUUGUUCCAGGAGUUGCAGCGACUGCAGAACAUCAUCGCCAUCGUGCGCUCCAACCUGGAGAACUUGGUGAUGGCCAUCGACGGUACCGUGGUGAUGACGCCGGAACUGCUGCAGGACCUGAACUCCGUGUUCGACGCCAAGGUGCCGGGGCGGUGGACCCACGACCCGUCUGGCGCGGAGAUCUCGUGGUUGUCGCCGUCCAUCGGUACCUGGUACACGGGCUUGGUCGAGCGCCACAGCCUCCUCUACAACUGGCUCGAGAACGGCCGCGGCUUCAUGAAAUCCUACUGGUUGACCGGGUUCACGAACGCGCAAGGUAAAUUGAAAUGAUCAUCAUGCGUUUCAUUCAUUUCACUUCUUGCACAGAAACAGAAAGAGUACUGGCGCGAGGGCGAGCGUGACGAUGAUGUUUGUAGAACCUCGGCGUAUGCAUUUUGUUUCGUGAGACGAUCUGCAAAUUUGAAUCACUUUUUCACAAAUAAUUUUACACAGGUUUUCUGACCGGUGUGCGUCAAGAGGUGACCCGUCAGCACAAGAAGGAUCAGUGGGCAUUGGAUGACGUGAUGAAUCACACCGAGGUGCAAACCUACGACCCGGAGAAGGCCAAGGACGUGCCGGAGGAGGGGCAGCACUUCCACGGGCUCUUCAUGGAGGGCAGCCGGUGGAAUCGACAGGAGGGUAAGAUCGACGAGUCCGAGCCCAAGAAACUGUUCACCAACAUGCCGGUGAUCUACCUCACCGCGGUCACGAUCAAGGAAAAGAAGGCGUUAGCGGGUAUGUACGGGUCGGUCACGCCCUACAACUGCGCCGUCUACAAAUACCCCAAGCGCAACGACAGGUACCUCAUCUUCCGCCUGCUCCUGAAGACCGAUAUUCACGCCUCGCACUGGAAGCUGCGUGGAACCUGUCUGCUGGCGCAGACCGAGUAAGCAGAAAAUUAUACAGGCGAAAGUGGAAAGAAAGGAAGUUAUUAUACCAAGUAUAGGGGUUUAGGAGGGUUUAGGAAAAAAAUUAUCUUGUUAUCAGUUUCGAAGAAAUCAGAAUUUCUAGUCAGACAAAAUCAGACUGCUGUACUCGUUCAAAGCGUUUACAGCGACAAAAUAAAAUUAUUUUCUCAUUGUUUCGUUACUCUCUUGUUAAUGUUUCCUUGAUAGUUCAGAAUCAGACAAAAAAGUGCUUUUAUGUACUUGAAAUUUCGUUAAGACAGAAUCAAUACAAUAACUUGCACAGAAUUAUGAUAAAUCAUCACUACCGGGUCCUGACUUUCCUGGGGAGAGUCAGUAGGUUGAAUUAUGAAUUUUGGUACGCUAACCACUUCUAGCCUACUCCUAUCUGCCCUGAGUUCGCUAGUAGUGAUUCCAAGAAUUUUCUAAACUAGAUUAGAAGGUAAACUCGAAAUUGUAUUUCUUCCUCCGAAAAAAUAUAAGUUUCUACUGCCUUUACAACGAUCUAAUGACGAAGUAUUCAGAACACGCAGACUGGAAAAAAAAUUCACAAUUCGACCUGUUUCACAACAGCGAAAACAACUAACUCCACCACCAGCGCACGAGGAAUUUGUAUUGAAUCUGCACCGAUAGCCGCCGCGAUGACUAGAGAAAACAUUAUCGGAAGAUGAGUUACGUUGCAAUGAAAAGCUACUGAGUUUCAAAGAAAAAAAAUAUCUACAGUUACAGAUACGAUGCACGAGAAAACACGGAACGCCGCCACUAGAAAAAGUACGCUUUUAGUAGUGCUUAUGUGAAGACGAAGUACAAAAAUCUGCUAACUUGUAACAACCAGUUUACCAGAGCUUGUUUCACCAGUUCUGAAUACUUUUGAAUAUCGAGCUUCCUUUGCAAGAAUUUAUCGCCCUAUUCUUGGCACCGCACAUGGUAAAACAAUCGCCGCUACUGCUGGAAGUGCUAGGAGGAUAAAUAUCCGAGAAGAUGAGCACCACCUACAAUAGUUGUUAAUAUGGUUUCGAUUCUAAUCGUUUCGAUUCCCAGAAAUACAAAUAAAAUCUUUAUUGUGAAUAGGAAAGUAGGAAUCUGGGAGCGCGCACAAAUUUUCCAGGAGUCUUGAAUGGAGUCGCUCUAAUGUGGAUUUGUG